AUUGUCUUCUGCUGGUGCCCACAAAUUCCUAUUCAACACACAUCAAUAUGAGUUGCCAUUUCCCAUAUAAACAUAUCCAGAGAGGUAUCUACCACCACAACACUCAGCAAACAUCAAAGCUUUCUCUGCUUUUGGGUAACCUUACAAUCCUUCUUUUUUUCUCAUCUAUACUAAAACUAAGAGAUCAUGGCUAUUCUUCGUAUGAUCAAGAAGUCUUCUGCAACUAGAGAUAUUCCCAAGGGUCAUUUUGCUGUGUAUGUUGGGGAGAUGCAGAAAAAGAGAUUUGUGAUCCUGAUAUCAUUCUUGAGCGAACCUUUAUUUCAAGACUUGCUUAGUCAAUCUGAGGAAGAAUUUGGCUUCGACCAUCCAAUGGGUGGUGUGACUAUUCCCUGCAGCGAGGAUUUGUUCAUCGAUCUCACAUCUCGAUUGCGGAAGUGAGAAGGAAACCAGUCCCCAUUUUUUUAAUUACACAAUUUUGUAUAGUUGUAGUUAGCCAGGAUAGACACUCUGUACCGUUCAGAGUUAGAAGA